AUGGCAGACCUCUACUCUCCCCUAUACAAAAAUUUCCACCCUCUGUCAAUCCACAAAUCCGCAGUAGGAGACGAACUUUGGCCAGAUCCAAGCAACAUCUAUCGUCAAGAUCCAUCUCCAGCAGUCGACGAAGCGUGGGAGAACCUCACUCAUCCGCAAUAUCUGCUUGCUACCGAACAAGAUCUGAUUCGCAUGGGCAAGAACAUCUCAACUGCAGUUCGAUGGCCAGAAGAACCAGACAAAUUCCUCAUGAAUUUGCAUGUUUAUCAUGUGAUGCAUUGCUUGAAUGUUUUGAGGAAGAAUGCGUGGCAGAAUUUUCCGUAUUAUUUUGAUACGGAUCCUGGUCUCCUGAAUCCAGGCCACUGGAUCCAUUGGAGUCACUGCUUGGAAACUAUUCGUCGUGAGCUGAUGUGCAGACCUUCUAUGCAUCUGAACACCGUGGUGUGGCAGGAAGGCCAGUCGGCACCGUUCUUCGACUUCCAUGUGGAACAGAUGUGUGUGCAGUGGGAAGAGUUCGAGAGAAUGACGACAAGGGCGGCGGUUCCGCACGAGGAUGUCAAAGACAUGAUGACCAAUACUCGCAAGCCGAAAGGUGCUAUUGAGAGACCGACUCCCGCAGAGGGUCUAGAGAUCUUCACCAAAAACCACGAAUGGCUGAUGAUGGUGCGAGAACAGGGCUUGACCUUAACGGGGGAUCAUGAGGAUUAG